UCCCUAAACCUACCCCUCACAGGAACAUGUGCAAAACACUAGAUAUAAAUAAAAACAUAUCUUGGCUGAUUUAUGAGCCUUUUUAACUGAGGACCAGUAAAAUGUCCUCAUUGGUGGAUUGUCAUGACCAAACCAAUAACAUCAGGGGAAUAAUAAGAAUAUGUUUUUUUGGUUAUCAUCCAUUGAUAAAUUGAGCUUUUUUUAAGCAUACAUUUUUAUUCAGGUUUGAUUAAACUAAGAGUCUCAUGCUGAGCACAAGUGCAAUGUCUCGUCAGUCGUCAGUCUUUGGUAUUUAUUACAGAGCACUCAUUGUUCUUGAGCUGAGUCCAUCACCCUUCAGGCUUUCUAUAAAGAAUGGAGCAGCUAUGGCAACUGCCGCUAACUGAGUGCAACAGCCAUUCCCAAACAUGCCACUGUGCUGCAAGAAUGUAAAAAAUCAGCAGGUACUAAUAUGCUCAGAAAUCUAAUUCACGGGAAGAAAACAUGCCAUGCAUAAGCUCAAAUAUAUUCAGUCUCACCAGUAACUCAAAGAUGACUACUCAUGAGAAGACAAUCAGCAAGCAACAGAGACCAGCUCUAAGAAUCCCACUGGGUCACCAACGUAGAACAGAUAUAUUGCUCCUCAAAAACGGUCAAAUGACGUUGAAACACCCAAAAGCCUUUCCAAUGCUGGGAGAACUUCCUUCUUUGGCAGGCUUACUGCUGUAUCCUGGUAAGCGGGAAAAGAUGGUAACCACAACAGAAACUGAAUUUGGACCCAAAACCUGCCCAAAGAUAGAGCCAAAGAAGAUCCUACAGUGCAGCCUUACUCUAGAUGGUGACAGGAGUUUCAGCACAACAAAUAGAGAGGACUACCCUUAUUACAAACCAGAUGGCACUCAAAUCGUGUGGCAUGGAAAAGUCCCUGCAAGAGAAAACAGGACUGGCCAAGCACAGAGAGGUUCUCUUUACCAGCAGGACUUCCCUGCUCCAAAGAGAAUCUAUGUCAGGAGAAAUCAGGUUGUACCUCAUCCUGACAACCUGGCGAUCAACACUUCAAUGAGAGCUGAAUACAAAACAGUGCAGCAAGAGGCUUUCCCAGGCUGGGAUGUCUCUGUGCACACAUGCACAGUGCCUGCCCGGCUCAAAAAAACAGCUGUAGAUGACUGAUGAAGGCCAGAGAAAACCAUCAAGGUGCAUUUAUACACUGGAUGCAGAAAUGACACAAAAAGCUUCUUUAAACCACACAUUUAUGUUUUGUUAACUUCUGCACCUUUCAACUGUACUACAUGACAUUUAAUAUCUUUAGAAAUUCUAAGAAAACUGAUUUUGUUUAAAACUUUUACAUUUGAAAAUGUCUUAUACAGUGCAGUUUAAAAGUUUGAUGUCAGUUAUAUAAACGUAUAAGUAAAACAAUUGAAAGUGGGGCAAAACAUAUCAAAUUAAAUAUCACAUUCUGAAAUACAUGUUUUCUUCACAAUAAAACAAUAUUGUGUGGUGCA